CGGGAAGGGCGGGCUUGUACCUCGUCUAAUAACUAUACUCGGUUGGUACACCUCUGCUCCAACGCGCUCUUUUCCUCUCUUCAUCCACGUCUGCUGCGCUGUCGCGUUUGCCAGUCCUACUAUCUUUUGCCGUCCGCCUCGGUCGCUGCUCGUUUUCUUAUGCCCCCUCGCUUUUUCAUGUAGCUGUCCGACCCGCAUUUAUCUCCCUCCAUUGACUGGGGAAAGGAAGCAAGGUGCGACGAGCUGCGGCAAUGAUAUAAACGACCUCACGAAACCGGCUGUGCCUUUCGGAACCACCACACUCACCACACAACACACUCGCCAUACAACCUCAUCAUGACUACCACCAAGGGCCAAAGACUGGCCACUUGCGUCUUCUGGACCAGCGCUUUCCUCGCCUGUUUCUCGUUCGCAGCCUUGGUCGCAAUCGCAAUCACCAUCGCAAAGCAGCUGGCCCCACCGGAUGAAUUGAUCUACUACUUUGUCCUCGCCGCGUCGUUGGCCAACAUUGUCGCGCUUGUCGCCUCCAUCAUCACCGCCAUUCUCUACCAGAUAGGAUUCGCCCGCAAACUCAUCCGCGUUCUCGGCGCAACCUCCGCCACCCUAACAGCCGCCGCGGCCGGCCUGACCCUGUACACACUACUUUUGACCAAGACCCGCCUCGAGUCGCAGAGGUAUACCGCCAUCUACCAGAGCGCCGUGGCCCUCGUCUACGUCGGCUAUGGCAUCUGGGCCGUUGCCCUCCUCUCCGAACUUGUGCUUCAUGCACUCAUCUUUCGCAGCAAGGAAAAACCGCCAGCGGCAACCCUGAUGACUCAAGUGUCCAACGGAACGACCACGCCAGCCAGACUGGCGAAGAGAUCGCCGAGCAUCAUCUCGCCCCCCACCCCACUAUUCACUCCUCCAAUGCCCACCACGCGCGCCUGGGGAACCACCGAGCCCAUGUCAUCGGCUUUCUCAGCCUACUCCGAGAACAUCCGGCCCUCCUUCCGCGACUCCAUCGUGCGCGUGAUCAAACCCGUCACCUCCAAGACACGACUCAUCUUCCACCACCGCUACUUCUCGCAAGAAUCCAACGGCCUGGCGUCAACACGAGAAAGCUCCGUCGAUCUAACGCGCGAAAACGACGGGUUCGAAAAUUGGGAAGUCAGCCCGCCGCCCAUGCCGUUUGUGGCGGACAACCGUUUCCUCCGCCGUUACGCAGAGCAGGGCCUCGAACCGAUCCCCGGCAGUCGCCCGCAGUCGAUGCAACCCAGCAGUCCUCCUGACAUUCCUCAGCUCGAUCUCCUGCGAGACUCGCCGCCGCUUCCUCGAUCUUUCUCGCUGCAAACCACCACGCCGUCCCGCGCCUAUCCCGUAGACGUCAACGCCUUCACUCCCUCGUCGCCAUUCACCUCGCCUCCGUCGGAAGAGAGCACGCUCCUGCGCAAAGAGAAGCGAGUGUAUGCGCACUCCCGCAAUACAAGCAGCGUAGCCGCGCACCCCUUCCCCAUCCGGCCGCAGCAUUCAAGAGCCCCGAGCGGCAGCGUGGUAGACUACCAACAACAACCGCUACCCAACAUGCACCCGCUCUUCCGCAGCCAACAGCCCCUCCUCGCAUCAUUACCCAGCACUGCCGCGCCGCUUCACCCUAUCCGGACCCCGGAGCGAACACAGCAAGGUGGACAUCGACGAGUCGCGAGCGCGGCGCCGCAGAGUCCGCACUCCGAUCUCAUGGACUUUUCUCCGAGUCCGGAGAUGCAGUCUGUCGCUGGUGGUGUACCUGGUCGGGCUUGGAAUUCGGUCCGAAGGAGUCCGGGGGCCUAUCGAGGGUGGUCGUGAGAGGUGGAAUGCGCUUGUUUCUGUGAUUUCUUUACCUAUGAUGAUAUGAAUGCUUACGCUUGGAUGUGAUGUGAUGGAUGUCAGGAUUUUCGGCGCUCUUUGGAUAGGAUCGGUGUGGCGAGAGGGCUCGGUGUGGCGAGAGGGCUUUACGAUGCAACUUCUAUUUCCUCUUUUGGAUGGAAUGAUGGAUGAUGAAUGGGUUGGAUGAUUCUUUUCCGGUUAACCCCUUAACGUGUGAUGCACUGGACUGUUGCCUUCGAUGGUCUCAUGAUUGAUUAACUUUAUGAACACGGAUACCCUUUUGAUCUAUAUCUGCUUCU